AUGACGACUGAUGACGAUCAAACCCUUAUAUCUGCCUGGCUUGAAGAAGAAUCUCGAUGGCGAGAAAAGUUUCAGGGGUGGGAUUUUUCACAACUCACUAAAACAGGUCGAAUAUUGUUCAAUAUGUCUGAGGAACAACUUGGAUGGGAUUAUACACAAGUUGUGUGCCAAACACUGGCGGAAAUUGCUGGCGAAAUCAUAAAUAGAGAAAUAUUAUUAUUAGAUUUAGGUACAGGUGGAGGAGAGUUUCUUGAAGCAAUGUUACCAAAAUUAUAUGAAUCGAUAGAUAGAAGUGAAAACAAAUGGGGUUUGAAAGUUUAUGCAACCGAAUCAUAUAAAACAAAUUUUCAAUUAGCUAAACAACGUUUGAUAUCUUACGGUGUUACUGUCAUUGAAUCUGAACCUGAUAGUCUUAACAGCCUGCUACCGUUUUCGAAUGAUCAUGAUCCAAACUUUGAUUUAAUCAUAUCUCGCCACACAUGUUAUAAUACACGUGAAAUUGAUCGACUUCUUAAGCCUGGCACGGGGUAUUUCAUUACUCAACAAGUUGAUGGUGCAUCCAAUCAAGAUUUAAUUGAAUUAUUUCCAGGGCAUAAACCACGAUGGCCUUACUACACACUCGGAUAUGCUACAUAUAUAUUCAAACAUCAAGCGCCACGAAUGAAACUGCUAAGAGCAGAAGAAUCAGAAACAAAAUUACAGUUUAAUGAUAUGGGCGCAUUGAUUGUUUAUCUACAUGCAGUACCAUGGUUAGUUGAAGAUUUUACAGUUCAAAAAUAUCGAGAUGUUCUCCUUAACUUAUAUCGUAGUGGGGAAAAGCUGAAAUUUAAAAGUAAGUAUAUGCUUUUGAAAGCAGUGAAAUUAUCUAAUAAGUAA